GAGAGUCUCAUCGAUGCCAGUGAGGACAGCCAGUUGGAAGCUGCUAUCAGAGCCUCGUUACAGGAGACGCAUUUUGAUUCCUCACAGGCCAAGCCGGAGAGUCGAUCAGAUGAGGAGUCAGAGUCGGAGCUUUUUUCUGGAAGCGAAGAGUUUAUUUCGGUUUGUGGAUCGGAGGAGGAGGAAGAAUUGGAGAAUCCUACCAAGUUGAGGAAGUCUCCGCACAAGGACUUGGGGUAUAAAAAAGAGGAGAGCCGGAGGCCUCAGCCUGAGCCCCCUGCAAGGACUGAGCCUGGGACAACAUCAAAUCACAGAGUACUGCCCUGUAUUGAGGCAGGGAUACCGGAGGAGUCAGCUGACAAGCCUGAAAGUACAUUUCAGAGUCUAGAUGCGAAUGGACCAAAGGCACAGCUGAUGCUAAGGUAUCCAGAUGGAAAGAGGGAACAAAUUUCACUGCCUGAACAAGCUAAACUUCUGGCUCUUGUGAAACAUGUCCAGUCAAAAGGAUACCCCAAUGAACGCUUUGAACUUCUCACCAACUUCCCCCGAAGGAAGCUCUCUCACCUGGACUAUGAGAUUACGUUACAGGAGGCAGGCUUGUGUCCUCAAGAGACUGUCUUUGUGCAGGAAAGGAAUUAGCACUGUGGCCUGAGUUCUCCCAGCCUUCCUCCCCUCUCCUCUUUGCCUGGGACACCAACUCAUGAAAUAUAUGCAGUUGAGGGUCAUGGGAUUGCAGUGCUGAAAUCAGGCAGGCAGCUGGCUGGCCCUUUUCUCUCUUUCCUUCUCCUGCUCUAAGUGACCAAAUGAGAGUGUUCAGAGUUGUAUUUUCUUCCUCAGCCUGGGCCCUGCGCAGAGCAUUGGGAAGAACAUCUUCCCUUUGUUUUCAUGGAAUAAAGUCAAGCGGUGAUCUGUGUAUCCACUACGCUGGGGUUUGGAGUGGCCAUAAUACACGUACCCUUCUCGCUGCUAUUCUUAAAUCUGUUUUGUUUAAUUUAUUUUUGAAAAUAGUGUAUGAUAAGGCACUGAGACAUCCCUCUGUAAGGAGAGAAUGAAAUCUUCAGUACAGUCUUUCCUUUGUUUUGAUUCUCUACACAAAAGGUCUCCAUUAACCUUACAGCCUUCUUAGGGUUUUACUUAUCUAGCGCUCUGCAAAAACUUGGUUUUUGGGAAAGAGUUGGAUUGAGCUGUGGUGAGAUACU